GAACCGAUGGCCAAGGACUUUGCGGACGUGAAGACGUCCAUCGACAAUGUGCGCAGGGACGUCGAGGGGCACGAGGGCCGCCUCAACAACAUGGAGCAGGAGAUCAAGGACCUACGAGAGGGGCGCCCGGCGGCCUCCUCAUCCACGGCAGCUUCCUCGGUCGGGCCUCCGCUGCGCUUCACGGGGCUCGAGAGCGCGGCACAGUCGGUCCCGUCGGGGCCGAAGAGGGCGAGCGACAAGAUAUGCGUGACCAUUGGCGACUGGGAUCGGGACACACCCCGCGACACCAUCCUGAACGAAGCUCGCGCGCUCACGGACACCAUUCCCGACAAAGCAGAGGAUGGCGUGUUCGUCCCACUCAAGCGCGCCAGCUUCCUGAAGGUCCGAUUCACGAGCUCGGGACGCAUGUGGGCCUGGGAGCGUUCUCUGGCAGGGAAGCAGAUUAUUGUGCGGCAGCCACAUCACCUGGGUCGACGAUCUGGGUGUUCUGUGGAGAAGCCCUCGGAGGAGAUUCGGCUCUCAAUCAUGAUCACACGUGCGAAGAAGGAGAUGACAGACAACCUAUGUGUGCAGGCAGCGGACCUCGAGCUGGACUACAUUCGAGGCAUUGUCCGGUGGAAGCAGCACAGGUUCGGCGAGAUGGCGAGGACCACGGGCCUCAUGAGUUUCAAGGAGCACGUCGCGGCCGAUAUCAGCGCUCACACGGGCGUGAACCUCAACCUGGUCGAGUCCCAGGCAAAGGUCAACGCGGCCAAUUAUUUCGCGGCGACGCCGCGCGAGCAGCACGACUACGACGCCGCCAUCUUCCAGGGGGCUGGCUAUUGGGGCAAGACCUCGGAGCUAGAGGUCGGCGAGGGCGACAUCUGCCAGGUCACACCGCGGGUCGAGGGGCAGAAGCAGAUGGGCCAGCACGAGGACUCUAUGGAUGAGCUUUCCGACCUGAUCAUGAUUCCACCUCCAGGGGCGCAUCCGGUCGUGGGCGUGGACGCGCAGAUGGCUCUGCCCCCCCCGCAAGCGGACAAGGAGCGCUGGAUCGGGGACUUCCCCGUCGGUCAGCGCACGCGUCGCGCCGAGAUUUUGACGAGACUUCUGAUGCAGCACAACCGCGCGGCGACGAACACGUUCGCUGCGGCGGCCAGCGGACCCACCUGCCACUGCGAUUUCAAGCACCCGCCAGCCCAGAUCGACUAUGUCCUGAUACCUGCUCGCGACAUCUGGAAGGUCAGCGCCGAGCUCGAGGAGAUCGCCGACAGCGCGCAGUCCGACCACUCGGCUAUCAAGCUGGACUUCACCCUCGGCACCAGGAGGCGCUACGUCUGGAACAGAGGUCGUGCGCCUAUGAAGGGCUGGACCUGCCUCGACAAGCGGAUCCAGCGCUGGAGCCACAGCACCUGCUGCGCCGACCGCAACCCAGCGCCAUUUACUUUUCUGACGGACGCGGUGCACCUAGCUGCAGCUGCCCGUGGCAGGGGCCCGCCAGCGAGGAAGGCCCCCAAGCUCCCCGAGGGCCACGAGCUCAUUCAGACGCUGCGGAUGCUAGAGGACAUCAUCAGGAUUUGCAGGAAGAUCUGGACUGCGAACUGGGCCUUGCAGCGCGGCCUGCACGAGGCCGGCAAUCCUCGAGUGCGAGCACCUCGCCGGGCUCAGCCCGGGCCGGCUCACAACCAGCUGGCGAACGCGGAGGGGGGGAUCGAGGGCGACCCGCUUCGGAUCAAGGGGCUUCUGGAGCGCGAGUACGGCAACGCCUUCAGGGCCAGCGACGGGGAGGAGCCCGUCGGAGUUUUUGCCUGCCCCGCCCACUUCGCGACGGGGGGCGCGCUCGACAUCCCGCCCUUCUCGCCCGAGAUGCUCCGCGAGGCCCUGUGCGACAUGGAGGCCAUGAAGGCGCCCGGCGUGGGCGGGGUGGUCGCCGAGGUCCUGCAGGCCCUCGCCUGGCCGAAGCACGUCACCCAGCUCAUGAAGAAGAAGAAGGGAGACAAGCACGCGCUCAAGGGGUAUAGGCCGAUCACGCUCCUGACCACCUUUGAGAAGCUCUACUCACUCGGCCUGAUCAAGAAAUGUGGCCACCAGCUGACCCUGCGGAGCCCGCAGCACGCCUAUCGGAAGUUCCACCAGGCGACGGACGUGAUCUUUAGCAUGCGCUUGCUGGUGGAGAAGGCCCGCGAGCAGAACCGACCCAUCUUCAUCAUGGGCGGCGACAUCGAGGCGGCCUUCGACCGCGUCUCGCACCGCUCGGUCGAGGAGACACUGAGAAGAAGGGCUGAGCCAGGGCCCGCGAUCCUAGCCAUCAUGAGAGAGCUGAAGGCCUCGGCGGCGAUCAAGACGGGCUCGAUCCAGACGCAACCAGUACCUCGGACUCGCGGCAUCU